GCGCGCCGCCAUCUUAUGCGACCACAUGACCUCGUUGCGGUGUCCCGUGACCAGCUCACGUGAAUUUUGACAAAUUCAAACGUUUUUUUUUUCCCGUGACGAGGGAUGGACAUCUUGGAGCAGCAGCUCGAGCAGCAGGAUGUCAGGUAGCGUUUACGUUAAGUAUCGACCGCCUGAUAUCGCGAACACCUAUCCCUUCCGUCUCGCCCGAGGUCUCCUCAAGGUCAUCAUCACUUCGUGCACAGUACGCACUUACUUACGCCGUAGGACCGACACACACAGUCGUCGAACGUCGUUAAGGACGACGGUGGUGGCACGGGGAUCGUUAUAGAGGAAGCAGAGAUUGUGGAUUGCGAAGGGGAGCCUAUUGGGGAAGAUGAAAUGCGUUAUCAAGAAGCCUUAGCGUAUCGAGUUGUCCAAGUGAAUGGCACAACAGCCAUACAGCCAACCAAUGAGAUAGAGCUACCAGUGUCGCAACCAGGAAAUAAUACUGUACAGGUUUUAACGUCACCUUUAAAUGGACAGUUUUAUGUUAUUGGGAAUGCCAAUGAUGUCUUUACUACUGCGCAAACAUCCAGAUCUCUGGUGCCAAGAGCAACCACGCUGCAAAUAGAAACUCCAAGAAAUUGCACUAGUGGCUUGAAAAAGAGAGACGAUAGGAGGAGAGCGACACAUAAUGAAGUCGAGCGUCGACGUAGAGAUAAAAUAAACAAUUGGAUUACAAAGUUGGGUAAGAUCAUUCCUGAUUGCAAUGCUAGUACUAACACUACUGGUACUAGCAGCAAUGGAGAAGGAAAAACCAACUAUGAAACUCAGAGCAAAGGAGGUAUUUUAGCAAAGGCCUGUGAAUAUAUAGGGGAAUUGCGUGUGGCUAAUCAAAAUUUGGGUCAAUGCCUGCGAGAUAAUGAGAAAUUACGACAAGAAAUUACAACACUGAAACAGUUAGUCACUCAAUUAAAACGCGAAAAUCAUCAACUCAGAUCACAAAUAUCAUCCUCAUCGGCCACUAAUGUCGACGUUGUACAUUUAAGCCCUUAAGCUUCCUCUUUUGUAAGUCAGUGAUUUUUUUUCUCUGUAAAUAUUAGGAUUGUAUGAAUAGUCUGAUACAUAUAAAAUAUAAUUUUCUAUACUCUUCUUUGAUAACUGCGCUGAAUUUAAUAAGACAUUUCAAUUUUACUGUCCAAAAUCAAAUCUGGAACUUCUAGUAUAAUCAUAACUGCACAUUUAUAAUUUCAUGACAACAUAUUGUUUCAAUUCAUAGAUUAAUAAUUCAUUAAUAGUAUCAUAAUAUAAUUUUCAUUUGAAAAACAAUAAAAUUUUGAAUUUGUAGAAUAGCUUGUACAAGUUUCUAGUCACAGUUUUCAAUCAGGGUGCAUGUAAUACAAUUAAAACAAUAAUUA